AUAGACUUUCACAAAAUGCUUUAUUUUACAAGACUCAUUUUGUUCUUAUUUUGCCUGAUUGUUCUCGUGGAAAGCAGAAAGCCCAAGACGAGGAGAUGGACAGGGCAGCUGGAAAUGCCCAAGCCCAGUCACCUAUAUAAGAACUUCGAUGUGACAAAAAUCAGAAAAGGAAAACCUCAGCCCCUUCUCAGAGUGGAUGACCAUGACUUCACCAUGAGGCCUGCCUUUGGAGGCCCUGCUAUCCCAGUGGGCGUGGAUGUACAAGUGGAGAGUCUGGACAGCAUCUCAGAGGUGGACAUGGAUUUCACCAUGACCCUGUACCUGCGGCAUUACUGGAAGGACGAGAGGCUGGCCUUCCACAGCUCCAGCAACAAGAGCAUGACCUUCGAUGGUCGGCUAGUAAAGAAGAUCUGGGUGCCCGAUGUCUUCUUUGUUCAUUCCAAAAGGUCAUUCAUUCACGACACCACCACAGACAACAUCAUGCUGAGGGUGUUUCCAGAUGGGCACGUGCUGUACAGCAUGAGGAUCACAGUCACUGCCAUGUGCAACAUGGACUUCAGCCACUUUCCCCUGGACUCCCAGACCUGUUCUUUGGAGCUGGAAAGCUACGCAUACACAGAUGAAGACCUGAUGCUGUACUGGAAGAAUGGGGAUGAGUCCCUGAAAACGGAUGAGAAGAUCUCUCUUUCUCAGUUUCUGAUUCAGAAAUUUCACACCACUUCCAGACUGGCCUUCUACAGCAGCACUGGCUGGUACAACCGUCUGUACAUUAACUUCACGUUGCGUCGCCACAUCUUCUUCUUCUUGCUCCAAACCUAUUUCCCUGCCACCCUGAUGGUCAUGCUGUCCUGGGUAUCCUUCUGGAUCGACCGCGGAGCUGUGCCUGCCAGAGUUUCACUGGGCAUCACCACGGUGCUGACCAUGUCCACCAUCAUCACGGGCGUGAACGCCUCCAUGCCCCGCGUCUCCUACGUCAAGGCCGUGGACAUCUACCUCUGGGUCAGCUUUGUGUUCGUGUUCCUCUCGGUGCUGGAGUACGCAGCCGUCAACUACCUGACCACGGCGCAGGAGCGGAAGGAACGCAAGCUGCGGGCGAAGUUCCCAUGCUUAUGUGGAAUGCUUCACUCAAGAACCAUGAUGUUGGAUGGAAGCUGCAGUGAGUCGGAGGCCAACAGCCUGGCCGGAUACCCAAGAAGCCAUAUUCUGACAGAAGAAGAAAGGCAAGAGAAAAUAGUGGCCCACCUGGCUCUGAGCAACGAUUCCAAUUCCUCCAGAAAGAAGGGGCUUCUGAAAGGCCAGAUGGGUCUUCGUAUCUUCCAGAACACCCAUGCCAUCGACAAAUACUCCAGGUUGAUAUUCCCUGCCUCCUACAUAUUUUUCAACUUAAUUUAUUGGCUGGUGUUUUCCUAGGGUCUCUGAAGCUGUGUACGGGAAAGGGCAUAGCUCUCUAUGGGGCCUGACCAGCCACCCACAGACGGUCACCACACAGAUCCAGUCUCCCAGGCCACCAUGAACAGCGCCCCCUCUCUAAAGAGCCCGG